ACCACGGCGGGCAACUUGCGCAGCACUUCCGUAUACAGAUGGCAGGCAUAUCGUUCCACUGACAACUGGGGAUCUGUUCGAGUACAAGACGAAACUUAUUUAUCAAUAUUACAGCAGGCCACUACUCACACAAAAACCCAACCACACCACAUACAAACUUUGACAUAAGUCAUUCCAAAUAUUUAGUUUGUGAUAUAUAUUUUUGUUGUAUUGAUCAUUUCGUUAAAAUAGAAAUAAUUUAAUAUUAAUCAUGGAUAAAAAGCCAUUGAACUUUUAUGAAAUCGCCAGUGAGGUGCCGCAACGCCAAAUCAAACUCGAGAGCGAAAAGACUGUGGCCGAGGCAAUUAACUUUACCAAAGUUCCAAGCGAUCUGCCGCCGCCUCCAAGCCGUGCACCCAAACCAGAUGAUAUCACAGUAGCAGAUGAGUUGAACGCCCGACUGGCCAUGGUGCAGCUGCGGCCGGAUCGGGCAAAGCGUAUAAAGCGCUUGGUCAAAACAGAUGUGCCGCCACCGCAACAUCUGUACAAAUUCUUUUGUAUUUGCCCGCGCUAUCAUCCGUGCUAUGUGCCCUGCCAACACACCGGCCAGAUAAUCAUCGACCGGGAUAUGCUUAAGCGUGAGGAGCACACGUGCUUUUUGGCCACACCCAAAAAAAAUUUCAUCUCGCCCCAGAGGCUUAGGCAGCCACGCUACAUUACCAAAAAGAUCUAUGUGCCCAUAUGUACGGCUCGCAUGGAACGCUUGGCAAACCCGCAUCCAAUGCGAGUCAGGGACACAUUCAAAAAUUUCCGGCACAUUCUUUCCGCCCGCCAUCUGGCAGCGCUGCAACAACAAAUGAAGCCGAAGCCACCUGUUGAAGCGCUGCCCAUGGAAAAAGCGAUGGAGUAUAUGGAAGAGGAGAUACGGCAGCGUCGUGCCCUGAGGCACAAGCAUCGACAACGCUGCAACGGACUCAAAAAACUCAUCAUUGAGCGUCAACGCAAACAGAUGAUGAAAAUUAUUUGUGUUCUCUUUGAGGAGAUGAAGGACUUCCUUCUUAACGAUCAGUUCAUCAUUGAUGAACAAUCGCCACUAUCUUCUGUCAUACUGGAGCGUAUCAAGGAGUUUACUGAGCAAGAAUUCUAUACAACUAGUAACUUGCGUGACUAUCAACGCAUUUUGGCUAACAAUCUGACCGUUUGGAUUAACAAAUUCAUAUCGAACUUGAACAUAUAUAUGGCACCACAACAAAUACCAGUGGCACGUUCGAUGCACGCUGAAAAUGAUGAGACAUUCGUGCCCGUAACUGAUUAUAUUUCGUUGUCAGAACAAGAUGCUGAUGAAAUGCAGGAGGAUCUUGAGCUUGGCCUGACAGAUUACGAGACCUAUGGUGAGGACUAUCCAUAUAUGAAUGAAGGUGUACCCUCGGAAGAGACGCUCAUAAAUUAAACCGUGCAUGAACCAGAAAGGAAGCAACUUACCCUGCAGCUGGGACCAAGUUAGCUCUUUGAAUACACCAUUGCUGUGCACUU